AAACGCCAGUCAGUCGCUCUCCGCUCCCGCAUGGCCGGUGCCUCGCCCGCUCCCCGUGCUCUAAACCAGAUCCAGGACUCAUGUCCGGGAAUCCAGACCGGAGUAAAGGAUUCACCUGAAGAAGAACACGCGAGUGCUCAGCUGAAGAAACUCUCUUCGUCUCUGUUUUCCUCCAUGUGAAGGAAAAAGGCUGAGCGAUGAACGAGAGCGCAGCGCUCAACGAGAGCGGUGUGGGUUUGCCAGCAUCCGCGUGGCUCGAAGCUGAAGCCUUCGAUGCCAACCAGACUCUGGCGCUCUCAUCGGCGGCCCUCGAGUUCCACGUCAACCCGUGGGACAUCAUGCUGUGCCUGUCGGGGACGGUGAUCGCCUGCGAGAAUGCCAUUGUGGUGGCCAUCAUCUUUUACACGCCGACGCUGCGCAAUCCGAUGUUCGUCCUAAUUGGCAGCUUGGCCACCGCCGACCUGCUGGCCGGCAUGGGAUUAAUCCUCAACUUCGCGUUUCAGUAUCUGGUCUCGUCCGAGACCAUCAGCCUUAUUACGGUCGGAUUCCUGGUGGCGUCCUUCACGGCGUCCAUCAGCAGCCUGCUCGCCAUCACGGUCGACCGCUACCUGUCGCUCUACAACGCCUUGACGUACUUCUCCGAGAAGACGCUGCAUUAUGUGCAUCUGAUGCUGGUGGGGACGUGGGGUGCGUCGCUCGGAUUGGGACUGCUGCCCGUUUUGGGCUGGAACUGCUUGGACGAUGCAUCCACCUGCAGCAUCGUGCGUCCGCUCAAUCGUACCAACCUCACCCUCCUCGCCGCGUCGUUUUUCGUCAUCUUCGCCCUCAUGCUCACCCUGUACUUUAAGAUCUGCAAGAUAGUGUGUCGCCACGCGCACCAGAUCGCGCUGCAGCAGCACUUCUUCACCACUUCGCACUACGUGGCCACCAAGAAAGGCGUCUCCACGCUCGCCAUCAUUCUGGGCACGUUUGGUGCCAGUUGGCUGCCCUUCGCCAUUUACUGUCUGGUCGGGGAGCGCGAGUAUCCGCAGGUGUACACGUAUGCCACGCUGCUCCCCGCCACCUAUAACUCCAUGAUCAACCCCAUCAUCUACGCCUACCGCAACACCGAGAUCCAGCGCUCCAUCUACAUGCUCUUCUGCGGCUGCUUUCAGACUAACGGCUCGUACCGAUCCAGAUCGCCCAGCGAGGUGUAGAUCCUCUCUGCAUUGUUUUUAACCCUGUAAAGCCUGAAAAAUAGCUAAAUAUUUUUCAGAGACCCAAAUCUGAGCAAAAAAUCCAAGUUGUAAUGUAUAUCGCUCUAUAUCUCCAAUAAUAUGUCUUGGUAUAAUUCAAUGCAAUCCAAUGAUGAUUGAGAGAUGAACAAAUAAACGUUCCUCAAAAGAUGUGAGAUGUUUUGGAGGCUUGUGAAGAUCAUUCCUCCACUGAGGAACAGUGAAAGCAAAGCUUCCGGAAACAAACGUUCCUCAAAAGAUCCUGAUGAUCAGGUUUAAGACUAAAAAAUGAUUCAAGAAUCAAGUUAAGCCAAGCUUCUUCAGUCCAGUAAGUGUUUAUCUGGAAAUAUGACUGCAGUUUUUCGGACAUUUACUUGAUAAAAAGAGACACGUGAAGCACCAGCUGAAUUCCACUAUCAAUUAGAUGACAGACGGCUUUUGCUCGUGUUGAUCACUGAGGCCUGAGGCCUCGGUAGGCUUUAUAGGGUUAAACUCUCGUUCAUGUCGCCUGUACGUGCAGAAGUAUGAGUAUGGCGCUGAAAGUGUCUGUUGCGCAUUUUGCACUUUACUGAGACCCGGGCGUCUCUACACGCUGUGAACAAGCAACGACCCGCAUCAAGAAUGUAUAUUUAUAUUAUUUAUAAGCGACAUGUUGCACUUUACUGUACAAAACUAGAUGCCAAAGCAGUAUUGCGUAGGCCUAAGUGUUUGACGAGUUACUCGUGUGAUGGGUUUUCUAUUUUGUAAAGUUGUCCAUGACUGUACAUUUUAUACAAAAGAGUGACAAAAUAAAACAU